CAUCUCAAAAACUCUCAUCUUCAUCUCUAAAAAUAAACGAGGGCCUCUCGUCUCUGAGGCCUUGAUAGUUGAUACUUCAUCCCAACCUCCAUGUCAAUCUUUUGUUUAUUUAUCCCUUUCACUUUUCUAUAUUUCUUCACAUCUAUCUUCUUCCUCAUCAGUCAUCACUUCCAGUUCAGUGUUCACUUCUACCCUUGAUUUUGUCCCCCCUUUCCUGCUAUCAGAUUCAAUCCCUAAAGCAUUCAGUUUCGGUUUUUCCCUCCAUUCCCAAGUUUUUUCCCUUUUCUUUUCUCCAUUAUCCAAACACCAUGUUCUCAUCAACCCCAUAUGUCCUCUCCUUCCUUCUCUUGCUCUCUCUGCCUCUUCUCUUUGUCCUCGCCCCUCAAAUCCUCCCUCCCAAAGACGUCCCGCUCCAGCACCCGGACGAGCUCGGUGACCUCGCGCUCUUCCGCAAGGCCACCCUCGCUUCCUCCUCUUCUUCCUCGUCACGAACACGCUCCACGCACUCUCGCUUAGGCACGAACACCAACCCCAAGCCUAAGAUUGCUUUCCUCUUCCUCACCAACUCUGAUCUCUCUUUCGCCCCCUUGUGGGAGAAGUUCUUCCAUGGCAACCGUCACCUCUAUAACAUCUACGUCCACGCCGAUCCCUCCGUCAAAAUCACCCCUCCCGGCGGCGUUUUCCAAGGCCGAUUCAUCAAGGAAGCAAGGAAGACGGAGCGAGCGUCACCGACCCUCAUCUCCGCCGCUCGUAGACUCCUCGCCGUGGCCAUCCUCGAUGACCCAUUGAAUUCGUACUUCGCCCUCUUGUCUCAGCACUGCAUCCCGCUGCACUCCUUCCACUUCGUCCACAACUUCCUUUUCCGCAACACUCUGUCCUCCUUAAAAGAUGUGUUCUCGUCGCCUUUCCUAAAGGACCAAAGCUUCAUCGAGAUACUCUCAGACGAUCCCAACUUACCCGAUCGCUACAUCGCUCGUGGUGAUAACGCCAUGCUUCCCGAAGUGCCAUUCGAGCAAUUCAGGGUGGGAUCUCAGUUUUUCGCGCUGACCCGUAAACACGCCUUGCUGGUUCUAAGAGACAUCAGGUUGUGGAGGAAGUUCAGGCUGCCAUGCUUGAACAUCGACUCCUGUUACCCCGAGGAGCACUACUUUCCGACGCUUUUGUCCAUGGAGGACCCGAAAGGUUGCACCCACUACACGCUUACGCGGGUGAACUGGACGGACAGUUUUGACGGACACCCCCAUCUGUACACGCCGGAGGAAGUUUCGGCAGAACUUGUGUACAAGUUGAGGGAAUCGAACUCGAGAUAUUCGUUUUUGUUCGCCCGGAAGUUCUCGCCGGAUUGCUUGAAGCCGUUGAUGGAGAUCGCCGAUGACGUUGUUUUCCGGGAAUGAACUGAGCUCGGACAUUGAAUGGAAUCUUUUGGUGCUUUGGGGGUGGUAAAGAAUUGUGUUUGGAGUGUGGGAAAACGCCCCAGACAUUCAACGUGAAAUGAGGAAAGCCUGCUUGUUUGUAUAGAAGAAGGUAGUGCGGACUGGAUCACGCCAAGUGUGAUUCCUUUUCCUUCUUUCUUUUCUUUCUCUCUCACUUUUUUUUAGCCUAUCUUUCUCUGUUUUUAAACCCGUUUUAAACUUGUCUGUGAUGUUUGUGUAAACGGUAUUGGUUGAUUGGGCUUAGCGCGGAGUAGGAAAAAGCUGUACCAAGCACAUUGCUUUUUCCUAUUAUAUUGAAAGGAAAAUCUCC